AUAUUGAUAUUUGAUGCAUUUCAGUCAACGGCAUUUGGUUUAAUCACGUUAUCAAUAGGAAUGCUUUUAUUCACAUUAUUCUCAAUUCAUUAUCAACGAUUUUAUAUGCCAACCUCGUUUUUGUGUGUUUUUGUUAUUUGUACUGUUACUUUGCUGAUAUUUUCCGAUUCAUCCGGCUCGUUUAUGAGUCCUAUCGGUGAACUUGCUACUAGUUUCCAGGUAGUAUUAUUGGUCUAUACAGUGAUACCAUUACCGCUAUAUCUAUGCAUAUUGAUUGGGGUUAUAUAUUCGGCGUUAUUCGAAUUGUUAUCAACGAGUAAUGUUGAGGAUAUUGAUAUACCUGGUUUAAAAGUUAUCUUACAUCUGGGUAUACACCUUUUGGGUGUUCAUUUAUUCAUAUUAACACAAGUCAGACAACGAAAAACUUUCCUAAAAGUUGGUCAAUCGUUGCUUGCCAGGAAAGAUUUGGAAAUGGAAACACAAUUCAAAGAUCACAUGAUACAAUCCGUAAUGCCCAAAAAGGUGGCAGAUGAACUGCUGAAGGAAACAGUCGAGUUGCGACGUCCAUCAGGAUCGCAAGAUUCCCACUAUCGUACAUCGAUGAAUAAGGAGGCGCGUUUAUCAUCAGCUCCUUCGGUGCCAAACGUUCGCAAAUUUCGUCCGUUCACAAUGAAUCUGAUGGAUAAUGUGUCGAUUUUAUUCGCUGAUAUUGCAGGAUUCACGAAAAUGUCUUCGAAUAAAUCCGCAGACGAGCUGGUUAAUCUCCUCAACGAUCUAUUUGGCCGUUUUGAUUAUCUUUGCGGAAAAUGUAAUCUUGAAAAAAUCAGUACGCUCGGUAUGGUUUUACAAUGA